CUGUAUUGCUAUAGUAAAUUAGUCGAUAUAAGUAGAGCCAACUAAUAUACGUAUAUAUCCGUCAAUAAAAUGGUAUUGCGAAAUAUUCUUAUUUUUAACACUAUCGAAUUUACAAUUAUAGAAUAUUUGAACGGGUAGUGUAUGUAUAGAUCUGUCCAUAAAUGGUACUGGAAAUAUUGUGAAUUUUAACACUAGCGAAUUUUCAAUCGUAGAACAGUUUUUAUCGUAAGUGUUCAAAUCAUGAAGACGAAUAUUUAUCCUAUGUCGACUCCGGAGUAUUCAGAGCAAAGGCCGUCUGGUUUCGAUGUUGGCUCACAUUCUGCGAUUCAUCCCGUGGCUUGGGAUAUUAUAACACCAGAUCAUGUAGCAUAUACGAUUCCUCCUCCAACAUACGAUUCAAUUUUCAUACAAGAAGGACCAACAGAAUCUAAUGUACGUCAUGAUGACAGGAAUAUGUGGGAAAAAGUGCAUGAAUGGUUUGAAAUGUCAGUUCUUCAACAUAUUAUUUGGCUUGGAGCCCUCGUCUUUUCGAUAUUAUAUAUUGUUUUCAGUUUAAAAUAUGGUGGUAACUGUGAUCGGAAACUAUACAAUGAAACGGACGGGAAAGUGAUAGAGGAGGUAGAUCUUCCAUCAACCAUGAAGGCAGAGGGUGGUGUAUUGUGUGCAACAGUUCUCUAUGUCUUUGUUUUGCUAUUAUUUCGUAUUUGUGAUACAAAUCGGACACGUCGCAUCAACAUGGCAGAUUCUAAGGGAAGACAAACAAGGAAAGGUCAACUCGUAUUUGUUUGUUGUAUUCUUUUCAUAGCCAGCUUUGUUUUGUGUAUAAUAGGAGCAACAAGAGUUAUCCCAUUCUAUGACUAUGAUGUCUCCAAAAACUAUACAUUUAUGUGUGAUUCCGAGUUCUAUAGCUUUUACCACGAUGCCAAGAUUGGACAGCUAUCUAUAAUGAUGCCAUAUGCUGCUUACAUCAUAAUCUACCUGUUUAUAGUUAUACCUAAAGCAAAGUUAUGGUUCAUUCGACGCAAAUGGCGACAGUGGGCCAGUCUUCUUGAUGCCGAUCAAGAUGGCAUCAUCAGUAUAAGAGACAUGGAGAAGACCAACGCAAGGCUAGAACUACUCCGACGGACCAGUGGAGAUAGAAAGACAGCUCUAAAUGCAGGCGCACAGAAAAAAUGGUGGGAUGAGAAUAUAUUCAAAAGGGGAGUCAACAAAGACAUUUCUGUAGACGAUUAUAUAACUUAUCUUGAGGGGAUUUAUACUCCUCAUGGUAUGGAGAGCACAAUGCGUCCUGUUAUUACUGGUUUUUUUAAUUUUUUCUCAACACCUGAUUAUCGUAAGAAAAAUAUUCCAAUUUUGGAAGAAGAAUUUUUAAAGUUUUGGACGAUAUUAAAAAAUGUCGAUGAAUCUCAUUGCCGGAGAAUGUUUGUUAGAUAUUUUCUAAAUCCUGUAACAUUGGCAAGUUUUCUUGACAAUUUUGUGUCCCUUGUAGCACAUAAUGAUUUCUUUGACGAAAAAACGUUAAGGGUCCAUAAAAUAUUAAACCCUAAACGAUCAGGAACAUGUGAUCUUAUUUGUCAUCCUUCAUUCUGUGAUGUCUAAUCAAAAACAACAAUAACACCGGGAACAUGUGAUCUUAUUUGUAAUCUUUCAACCUGUGAUGUCUAAUCAAAAACAACAAUAACACCAGGAACAUGUGAUCUUAUUUGUAAUCUUUCAACCUGUGAUGUUUGAUCAAA